CUUUACAACCCCCCUACGCUCAGUCCUACUCACCGAAUCCAUGUGGCAACCCUCGCUUUCGAAGCUUAUAACCCUGAAAAGGAUCAACUCCCCCUCGUCACCGGUUUCGCUCUUCAGGCCGCUUAUCAUCUCGGCAUUCCAGUCACUAAGCCUGCUUCAAUGCCAAUCAAAACUGAACUUCACACCGUUCUCCGAUCCGGUUUCGUCCACAAAAAAUCACAAGAAAACUUUUGGCGAUUGACACACAGGAGGGUCAUCAAAGCUUACGAUGCAAAUGAAGAAGUCAUAAAUCGAUGGAUCAAUUAUCUCAGACAAGAAGGGGUACGAGGUACAAAUGUUGGGAUCAAA